GAGGCGGGACUAAUUUCGAAAUCAACUUAGACGAGGUGAGCGUUUCAGUUUCUGACGGAUAUUUUUUUAACGGUUACUAAUUUUUGAAAACGAGUAAACAGCAACAAACAAGUCCUUCCUGUUGGUUUCACAUUUUAGGGGGAGAGUGAAGUGAAUCGAGGGCAGGCCAAAAAUAAAACUUUAAAAGUGAAACUGGGCAAAGAAUAUUAACGUCGACGUCUCGAGUGUAGAGAGCUGAGAAGAUGGACAACAUCUCAACUGUCGAUAAGUUCCCCGAAUAUCGGCUCCUUGAGGCUUAUUGCUGUAAAAGAAGGCCGAGGCCAAAGGCAGACGCCUCUCUGUCUGCUGUAACUAAGUUAAGAAAAACCAGCAGUAAAGAUUUACCUUUUCUCCAAAGUGCUUCGAAAGGAAGAGAUGAAGCUGUUUUCAGAUGUGCUGCUUAUGCAGUGACAGAUGAAUUUGAGGAUGUGGCUGAUCAGCUGACCCACAUUGUAGACAGUACACCUCUUUUUCAGGAUGAUGUUGUUAAAGAUGGCGUUGACAACCAUGUCAUCCAGAGGCUUGUUGAGUUAUUGAAAAAAUGCGGUGACGAGCUGAAUGAAGAGAUCCAGAAAGACCGUGAGCUUAUGGGGUACCUUCAGAACUCUUUCUCUUACACCGUCUUUGAGAAUGUGGCCUCAGCUUUCGUCGGCAGUGUGGUGCCCACAAGCACGUGGAGGGAAGAAGCUAGUGAGCAGAAAGCUGUGAUUGCCUGGACCGUUGAGAUGACCAGCAGGUUGACAGCUCUGGACCUACAGCCUAUGAACAGGGUCAUGGGAUUUGGGGCCCAGUACCUGCACCAGCAUUUUGCUCCAUGGAUUCAGCAGCAUGGCGGCUGGAACAAGGUGUUUAACAGUGAUGACAGUUAUCGUGAGGUCCAGUGAAAAGCACCUUUAUUUUGUCUGUAUUUCUAAAAUCCACAAGAUGGUCUGCUGCCUUCAAGAACAUCACUUUUUGACUACCUCCUGAGUGCUGAUCAGAGAGUGUUGCUUAUGUAGAAGCACCCAUUCGUGCAGUCGGAUGCAAAAGUUUGAAAACCCUGGACAAAUUACAUGUUUUGUUAAUUUUCUAAAUAAAAAUGUAUUAACAUAUCCUCUACAGAGAAAACAAAGGCAUUUUUAUGCAAAUUUAAAUAAUUUCUAUUUAUCUGCUAAGUUUAUGUACAGGCCACAUUUCAUGUUUUGUUUUUCAUUUUUUAAAUUCGGCAAAUAAAAAGUAAUUGUGCAUUUUCACUUAGAAAAGCAACAAAAGAUGUAAUUUGACCAGAAGCACCCAAAAUUUAGCAUGCAACUGUAUACGUGAUCUCAUGUUCUAAUUUUGUAAUUACAUUUCUGUGAAAUGGGAGCAACUAAAAGUUGCCUUGUUGAUCAUUUUUGUAUGCAUGACUGACCUAGCACACUGGCUAUCUACCACAUCUUAAGAUUUAAAGACAACUGCUAAAACAAUUCUUAGUUAAUGAUAAGACAAACGAAUGUGUGGUUUGGAAAAGUAUUCAUCACAAAUUACUUCACUGCACUCUUAAAACACUUAAAAUAUAAUACUUUAUUGACCAAGAAUAUGAGACAUCCAUCAUUGCAAGCACAAAUAAAGCAAGCACCAUUACGGAGUAUCCAUACAAAUGAACUGUGGCAUUCACUCUGCUGCGUGGCUAAUUUAUCCAUGCAUAUUUCACACUGGUUUUGAAAUCCUGAUUAAUUGAUGCAGCAUACUUGUACAAUAACAAUCAACUUAGCCUACGUGCUGCAACCUAAAUGAAAUACAGAUUAAUUUGUGAUUACUCUUCAUAAGCAUAUGUCAAGCUUACAUGGAGGCACAGAAAGGUAAUACAACAAACGUAUAGUGGAUAGUGUAUUGUUGUUUGUUUUCUCUCAAUCCCAGGGUCAACAAUGUAUAAGCAGUCUAAUUCAAUGCAUAAUAAAUGUGAAAUCAAGAUUUCUGUAUGAUU